UGCCUUAUACGCCACGCCGACAGAUGUGCAAGAUGUCCCAGCGGUCCACAUUCGGGUUUUGUUUUAUUUUGUUUUUGCAAACACUCAGUACCUUCAUUGUUGUCCUUCGUGCAGAUGAUGAAGUUAAAGUGGAGGUCACAUUUCUACCAGAAAACUGCACACAGAAAGCCAAGAGAGGAGACAUGCUGAAUGCGCAUUAUGAUGGAUAUCUCGCUAAAGACAGAUCUCAGUUCUACUGCAGUCGUUCGACAAAGACUGGUCACCCGCACUGGUUUCAGCUGGGCGUUGGAUCUGUUAUUAAAGGUCUCGAUUUAGGAUUGAGGGACAUGUGUCCUGGAGAGAAGCGAAAAAUUACAAUCCCCCCUUCUUUGGCGUACGGCGAGCACGGGAAAGGUCCUGUACCAGCAGAUGCAACGGUGAUCUUUGAGGUGGAGCUUUUGUUCAUAACCAGAGGACCACGCAGCAUAGAAGCCUUCAGCGAAAUUGACACUGACAAUAACAAGGUCCUCACAAAAGAGGAGAUUAAAACAUACUUGAAAAUGGAAGCAAAGAAGUUGAAUUCCCAGAAAGACGAAUCCUAUUUUGAUGAUGUUGUAGCAGACGUGUUCCUUAAGAAUGACAAUAAUGUGGAUGGGACCUUAUCAUUACAGGAGUACAAUGUUUAUAACCAUGAUGAGCUAUAACAUUUAUUUGCAGCUGGUGCACAGGAAAUGUAUCCCAUGGCUGAGGUCAAUGAUUUCCACCACUAAACAAACCACUAAAUAAACGGUUAAUAAAAUGGA